UCUUGAUCUUGCUUCGAGUUUGAGUGCCUCAACUACUGAACUAGCGGCUUCUUCAACAUGGCCGGCGACAAGAUUCCGACUCUUCAGUCGCUUGAGAAACCGGAGCGGCUUCAGGACAUUUUGCGCCAGGACCGCGGCGAUGACUGCUUGAGCUGCAAAGUUAUAGGGAGUGGUGCGUUUUUCUGUCUUGCUGGCUAUAGCUACUUUUCAGGCAUGUCGCAGCUCGAAAAGCAACGGGCCGUCAUUCUUCAGAGCAAGUCGAUGUUCGGCAUGAGGAGCCGAAGGGCUGGCAUCGUCACCAUCUCGGCCGCUCUCGCAUGGAUGGGCCUUUGGAGAGCUCUGAAAUGAGAUUAAGGCAUUGGUGUCUUUAUUUGCAGCUGUGCGAAUGCGGUCAUUUGGCCUCUCACGUUGCACAAACUAAAAGGAUCUACGAUGGACUGUACAUGUUUUGCAGGAUACGAUGAAUGACCCCGGAUGAAGGAAUGAGCUGCCCUCUGAUUUGGCGCCCCAUUCUCUCAUGAAUACAUGUACGAAUGGAAGCAUUGUGUCCAAACGGCUAUGGCUCAUUGUAUUAAUAUCAACGGCUGUCCUUGUGUAUAUUAGUGUACUACCUUAUGUAUGAUUAAGCAGGGGCAUAUGGAUAUGGUCUCUCGGAAAACAAAACGGCGCACGCGAUCUCCGGUCAUGGGAAUCAAGCUACCUGGAUAGAUACACGGAUUGAAUUAUCUCUUCUCUUGAUUUGGCUCCCGCAUCGAAACUGUAUUACACUUAUUCUGUAGACACGCAAGAAGUAAGACGUGC